AUGGCGGGCUCUCCAGCCCUGCUCCCUCGCCGCCUCGACCGCCGCCUCGACCCACCGCCAAGCAGGAGGGGCUGCUGGAGCUCCGCCCUUGAUGGUGAUGGCGGGCUCGAGCUCGCGCCGGCGACAUCCACAGGAGCAGCGGGGGCGACCUCCACAUCGGCAGCGCGGGCGAUCUCCCUGGCCGCGUUUCUGGAGGCAGAGGACGGCGCAGCUCCACCACCUCGCCCGCGGGUUGCUGGGGCGCGACAUAAGAAGAUGCCAGCCCAAGGUGAGCACUUCUCUGCAUUCUCUGCUCGUUCCUUUACAUAUGGCUCUAACCCCUUUGUGGUGGUCAGGCUGAUCGUGCCUCUUCCGUCCAGAUCAGGGAGGAAGAGGACUCGCAUAUGGAGAUGGAUUUGGGGAAGAAGAAGAGGAGGACGCCAACCAUCUGGUGCGGAUCUCUUCCAGUGUCCAGCCCUCCUCUGCCUCUACUUUUCAGGUGUCAUAUGCACCUCAGUUUGAGAGAUUUUUGGAUACCAAGGAGAAAUCGGAGGUCGGGAGAAAUGAAGUCCACGAUCAAA